AGGGAAUGUCGAAAAGAACGUUCAUCCCGAAAUGGAAUCCCCAUCGCAAACCACCCAUUGUAAGGUUUGGUGGGCGUCAACGGAACGUGCACGCUUUGAUAGACAAUUCUCCUCCUCCUAAAAUUGCCAAGUCAAAAGAGGAAGACGAUGGGGUUGUUCGGUGGUAUAACGAUCCGCUUGCACGAGGUAUACACCAAGUGUCAAGAAUCACCCAUGAAAGAUUGACACAACGUGUCGGGCUCUUUCGAAAUGCCAAACACUCGCAGAUUGUUAUUAACGACUUCUCGAAUAACGUGAAGAAAGCAUGCAGAAGACAGAUCAGCAGACUCGUCGCCUCAGAUGACGGACGCUGUGAUCCUGACACCGAUGCAUCCUUCAACGCCGCUAGGAAAAUAGCAACUCAUCUUCCGUACAGAGAGAAUACCCGUUCUCGUCAACCUUGCUAUAGAAUUGAGGACCCAGAAGAAGUCAUCAAAACACUGAGGAACCAGCCUUGUAGCUCCAAAAGGGAUAACGAUAGCGGUUACCAACCACGAGUUGACAUUGAUAAUACUUGGGAUGCCGAAGGGUUAAAUGAACCUUGGAAUAAAGAUGCGUCGUCAAGCUCGACUAAGCCUCACCAGUCGCUCCAUGGGAAAAGUGCCGCUGUAAGUUCUACGGGACAGAAUCCUGAUGUUUACAUCUUUCCAUUUGAGGACGAAACUGUUUCGGCUCGAAAGCAGCGAUGCCCUAACGUUAUCCCAAGGACGGCUCAGGAUUUGCAUCAAAGACUGAAAACUCACGAGCCUCAGCAGCCGCAGGAGCAGCAGACUCACAAGGGAGAACUCAUUACCAACAUCUUGUCUCUUCCCGAUGUUUCUGUACGCAUAUUAUCGGCCUUACCAACGAUCUACCUUCGUGAUGACUAUCAUGAGAAAUAUGACAAUGUAGCUGUUCGACUACUUUCCGAAAGCAUUAAACGAAGUGAGAACGAACCAGGUUCAUCUUCUAAUGUUUACCGCUCACUUAUGAACCGCACAACAUGCAUCUCUACCAGUGAUCAGAGAAGCCAACCUACAGACACAGCUUGCGAAAAUAUCUUUCAAGAUUGCCCUAAUGGUUUUGAAUUGUUAUCUGGUGAGACUUCGGUUACUCCUGAAUUAGAGAAACUUUUCAAUCAGACUGUUGGUGCAAGUAAACUUGAUGAUAAUCCUGAUUUCUCAAGAUGUAUUGCAUCGAGGUCUGAUCACGCGGCUGUUCAUAGACAGAUUUCGUCCUUGCUGACACCUACAUCGCUCGGCUCUCAUAAACUAAUAACAGCAAAGUCUCGCCCCAGCAAUUUUGUCACCUCUGGAGUUGAUCCGGUCGAUGUUUCGUCGUGGAAAUUUCCCUUUUCAAGAAGUCCAUCUUCGAGUGAGUCUUCUGCAGAUGAUAUCGACUUUGAAUGGACAAUUCCCGAAGCAAAUCAUAAUGAAGAAGACUGAGGAUUUCUUGUAUCAUUGUUGUGUGUUGUUGUUCUUGCAUCCUUCAUGUACCAUUCGUUCUGUGCCAUUUCGUUGUUUAUGUUAUGAUUGGUCAGAGUCUAUAAUCUUACGUGUAUUGUUAGAUUUAUUGAAUGCCGUUGAAAUUGGCGGCGUUGCA